AUGAGUUCAAAGGUCCACCCUGAUGAAGCCAGCGAGGACCACGAUGUCGGAACUACAACUCGCAAGCAGGCCAGUUCCACCGUGGCUCGUUCAAAUGUCGAAAAUCUUCGGGAUGAUCCCGAAGCACGAGCAGCAUUUUUGUCAACAUUCUCGGCCGAAGAAGAGCGCAAUGUCUUGAACAAGAUCGACAAGAGGUUUCUGAUCAUCAUAGGACUGAUGUACAUGAUCAAACAAAUUGAUCAAAGCAACGCAGCAAAUGUCAGAGUUCUUCAGGUCGGGGAGUCCCGCAAUAUCAUGAAAGAGCUUGAUAUGACUUCAGACCAGUACAACUGGGUUGGCUCGAUUUACGGAAUCGCAUACAUCGUGUUUGAAGCACCCAGUAACCUCUUACUGAAACGCAUGAGUCCGCAUCUGUGGCAGUCUCGGAUUUUCCUCACCUGGGGAAUCAUCACCGCAUGCCACGCAGCGGCGCAGAACCGUCAUCAACUCUACGCAAUGCGUUUUCUGCUCGGGGUAUUCGAGGCUGGCAUGUUCCCAGGUGUCAUCGCCCAAUUAUCAAGUUGGUACCGAACCGACGAGAUAGGCAAGCCUGUGACGUGGUUCUUUGCAACAUCAAAUCUUGCCGGUAUCGUUGGCUCUUUACUUUGCUACGGCAUCAGCUACAUGAACGGCGUCCGCGGUCUCAGUGCGUGGAGAUGGGUAUACCUCCUCGAGGGACUGGCGACUAUCGUAUUUUCAGGAGCCGUGUUCUGGUUCCUACCAGACUACCCCAAAUCACCUCGGAGUGACCGGUGGUUCACGAAGCGAGAGCAGGAAUUCAUCGAAGCGCGCCUCCCCGAGAAUGCGCCUCUUACGAACGAUCCCGACUUCGCAAAGGAGGAGAUCUUCGCUGUCCUGAAGACCCCUCUCAUUUGGUCCUUCAUGUUGUCGCAGACGCUCAUUAACAUCGGCGGAUAUGCCCUGACGUGGUAUUUGCCGACAAUCGUCACUAAUCUCGGUUUCGUGAGAUUGCCGAAGAACCAACUUCUUAAUAUCCCGCCUGCUGCUGCCGCCAUUCUAGGUCUCAUAUUCUCGGCAUGGUUCAUGGCAAAAGCGUACAUCGUUCGCCCCGCGUACAUCAUGAUCCUCAUGUCUGGCAUGGUCGUGUGUUUUGUGCUCUUCUUCACCAUCAGCAACCGGUAUGGUAUUUAUAUCAGCUGCAUUUUGGGCACGCUCUUCUACCAGUCGUAUUUCAUUCCCUUCUGGGCCUGGAGGUCAGCCACGCUCUCCGGCUCAACAGGCACGGCGUUUACUCUCGGGCUGCAGUCAGGCGUUGCGCAGCUUGGCGGUGUCAUCGGGCCGCAGCUGUUCCAGUCCAGAUUCGCCUACAACGGGUACAAGACAAGCUUCGCGAUCGCGGCCGCGACCACAAUCGCGUCCUUCAUAGGUAAUCUCUGGACUUGGUGGUUGACCCGGAACACCGAGUACGAUGUCCUGAGAGUGAGGAGGAAGAUUCUCAAGGCGCGGAAGCUUGGAAAGGUGAAUUUCGACGAUGAUAUUCGUGUCUUUGAGGAGAGACGCUUUUACGAUGGGAUCAAACGCAGCGGAAGAAAUGACAGCCAGGGGAGCUCUCAGGUCUGA